AUGAAACUUCUUUUUUGCCCUGGAUUCUUCCUGCUGCUUAUUGUCAGCCAGAAGCAGGCAAUGGCCAACCCUAUUUCCAGCUUGCAGAGUCUGUCCAUGCUGUUAGAUGAGGAGCUGGAGCAUCCCCUGGUCUCAGAAGAGAGGGACCAUGAGCAAGAUGGCUCAAUCCCAAUAGGUGCCUUUGAGCAGGAAGAUGCUGAGUUCCAGUGGACCCGAAACACCAGAGAUCAGCCUGCAAGGACUUCCACUGCUGACAGUGCUGCCCAGAGGCUCCUCAGUGACCUCUUAGGCUUACCUCAGAGAUAUCCAAACAGAAUCAAAAAGGGUCUGUCCAGGAGCUGUUUUGGGGUCAAGUUGGACAGAAUUGGGUCGAUGAGCGGACUGGGGUGCUAA